AUGGCCACGCCCACUCUGGACCGCUUCCUCUCCAGCAUCGCCGACCUGGUCAAGGCCCGCGAUGGACCUCAGCUUCAGGACUUCCUGCAGCUCGAACCACCCUUGCCCGAUAUUUAUCGACAAAUGGUGGUGGAGUUGCGACAACAUUAUCCGACCGGGCCAAAAGAGGCGGACUUGUUGCGACGAUGCGAAGCUCUCGUCCCCAAAUCCAAGGGCGCAUCAUGGUCCGCUUUUCCGACUUUCAUGAAGCUCUACUUUACCUUCCUGCGGGAUGUCAACCUGGACAACCUGCUCGACACAUACGAUCUUCUCAAGGGGCUUCUGAAUCAAUGCGUACUGGCAUUAGGUGACAGCCAAAUGGGUGUGGUCGUUCUUCCUACCGUUCUAUACCUUUCGAAGGUCCUCGCGAAGCUGGCCAUGGGCUUGGACCGUCGCCCCGAACUGGUCGCCCACCUGAGACUGGAAGGCCGUUCAAAUCAGGAAGAAACCACAGAGAAGGUGACCUUGGUGGAGAAAUCGGCCAACGUCGUCCGGGAGGCAUUUAUCAAGUGCCUGACGGACCGAAGCGGGACACCAGGUAUCCACGGAAAGCCAGAGGGCAAGAGAAUCGGGAUAUACUUGAUGGCAAACCUCUGUUUGAAGCUGCUUUUCCAGUGUGGUAAGCUUCGGAACGCUGAGCAGAUGUUCGCCAGCAUCAGCGCCCAGUCGCCCCCGUUAAAACACUUCCCAGCGUCUCAGCGAGUCACAUAUCUUUACUACCUCGGACGCUAUUUGUUCUCCAACAACCUGUUCUACCCCGCGCAGAUUGCCCUGCAAGCCUCUUACGACCAAUGCCACCGACAAGCAACGAACCAAAAGCGGGUCAUCCUUACAUACCUCAUCCCUUGCAACAUCAUCAUGGGACGCUUCCCCUCAUCACAACUACUGCAACGUCCCGAGGCCGAAGGUCUAGCGGACAAGUUCCUCCCGAUCUGUCGGCUGAUCGCUCGCGGGGAUUACAUCGCUUUCCGAGAACACCUCGCAAUCGGCUCCCCCGAGACGGAAUGGUUCGCACGAAAUGGUAUUCUUCUUCCCCUGCGCAACCGGUGUGAGAUCCUCGUCUGGCGGUCCCUGGCACGAAAGGUUUUCAUCCACGCCGGCUUCCACGGCGAGUCUUCUCACGGCCCAGCCCAACGCGGGCCACCCCCAUAUCUGUAUCUCAACAAAUUGGACGCCGCGGUUCGGUGGAUCCAAUCGCAGCAUGCGCAGUCAUCCCAAGGGCCGGUUGGCUUUUUCUCUCCCUACCCCGAAGUGGAUUCCAAGGCCGGACAGAACCUGGUUGGAUCGCAGAUCGUUAACAAAGCCCCCGAUUGGGAUUUUGAGAGAUUGAACGAGCUGGAAGCUCAAGAGGCGGUCGCUAGUCCUGGUCUGAUCGCGAAAUAUGGAGACUACCUGGCCCCGGAUGGAUGUUUCGAUGCCUUGGGACAAUGGCAGCCCAACACCGCGCGAAAUCUUGUCGACGGACAACCGUCGGCGGAAUACCAGCAAUAUGAGCUCGACCCGUACGCAAGUCGAGCCGACGGUAGGCAGGAGGGUAAGCCAACACUAAUGAUGCGCGAGCUUGAGUCCAUCCUUGCCUCUCUCCUCACCCAAGGUCUGAUGCGCGGAUUCCUGACCCAUAAGAAUCCCCGCCUGGCGAUUCCGGGCGCACGAGUCCGUGGUGCGCUUCCUACUGGCUUUCCCAAUGUCUCGCAGACCAUCCUGGCUCGGGAGCGAGAAGAUGAGAACGUUCCCGGCUGGGUCCAGCCGCCGGCCGUGGCAGCCAUCCCGGCUGGCGGAGGUGGACGAGUCGUCAAUCUGUCCGGAGCGAGACCCGUUGGAGUUCAAUAA